AAAAAAAAAGAAAAAGCUGACCAACCAAUUCUAGUUACUUUACACUUGCCCUGCCCCUUAAAGAAGAAAGGAACUCUAUAAAUAAAGGCCAAAGGGUACCAUACAUAGGCUUGAGCACGCAACUCCUAGUCUCCAACACAUCUUCUAACCUCUCUUCCCAACUCUUCUUCUAAACCAAACCAAACCCAGAAUGGUAGGACCCUCGCCUGACCCCACCAAGCCCUCCACCAUCAAGUUCCUCUGCAGCUACGGCGGCAAAAUCCUCCCCCGUUAUCCUGACGGCAAGCUUCGUUAUCUCGGCGGCGAAACCCGCGUCCUCGCCGUCCACCGCAACAUUUCCUUUUCCGAGCUGUUGUUGAAGCUGGGUGAGCUGUGUGGACCAUCCGUGACCGUGAUCCUACGUUGUCAGUUGCCCACCGAGGAUCUCGACGCCCUCGUGUCCAUCAAGUCCGAUGAGGAUCUGGCCAAUCUCAUCGAAGAAUACGACAGAGCAGCCGCCUCUGCAUCUCCACCGCCUUUUGCCAAUUUGAAGAUCAGAGCCUUCCUUUCCCUCGUCCCUUCCAAACCAUACAAAACGCCAUCGCCUACGCCGUCUUCCUCGGCCUCCGCCUCCACGACGUCGUCCUCUGGCACUUCCUCCUCGUCUAACUACUACUACAGUGCUGCUGCUUCCGGGUCCACUCCCAGGUUCCCCAUGGUGUCCACGCCAGUUGACCGCUGUGUCCGCCAAAUCUCAGAGACUACGACGCCUUUUCAGAAAUCAGCCGUCAAGGUUCCUCACUGUGCUAAUAUUUGCCAUGCUCAUGGAAACCCUAGUAGUCGGCUCUAUCUCAUUCACAACGGCAACCACUGGCAAUAACAACACAUGUGACACUCUCGGAGUCUCGGACUGAGUACUAUAAAUAUAUAUGCCACGGCCGGUUAAAUACUACGAAUUAAAUACUACCAAACACCCCCACUACCCCCCUACGAAAGAGAAAAUACGAACAAAAAAAGAAGAUGAUGAAUUAUCGUAUAGUAUUUGAUCAUAUGAUGUAAUGGGAUUGGCGCUAGAGCUGUAAUCGUUCAGAUGGAUUGGUUUUCAAUAUCCGUGGCGAUUAAUGAAUUUCAGUCCAAUUUCGUUUUUUCAUG